AUGCGGUCGCGCGCGCUGCAGAGCCUGGAGAACGCGCGCGCGGUGCUCGAACGCACGAACGAGACGUUGGGCAAGGCGGCGCGCGACCGCGGGAAGGAAAACGACGAUGCGGCGCGCGAGGACGACGACGCGGGAGGCGCGAUCGCGCUCGAGGUGGGUCUGAACGCGUUGCGCGUGAACGACGACGCGGACGACGCGAGACGCGCGCGGGGAGGCGCGGAAGGAGAGGAAACGUCGAGCGCGAGCGCGGAGGCGGCGCUUGACGCGUGCGUCGCGGACGUCGUCGAUGACUGGUUGGGUGAUCUCGAUAGCGUCACCGCGGAGGUCGAUCGCGUGAGUGGGUUGUCGCUGCAAACGCUGUACGCGUCUUUACGAGGAGAUGAGGCGCUGGAGAAGUUGCGAGUAGACAAGAGCGCGUUGAAGCGUCGGUUGAGGCGAUUCGACGUUCGCAUCUUGCGCACGACUGGGAGAAAGACGACGAGGGAUGACAAGAAGCAUUUGCGUCCGUUGUACGUGCGAUUGGCGAAGAUCAAAGACCUGAUCGCCAUUCGCGAGGCGGGAGGAUAG